AUGGGAAUAGAUAAGGUGGCAAUAAUUGGCCAUGGCAUAAUCAUUGUGCGUUUUGUUACAGUAGAGCAGCGGAAUCAAGUUUUAAAUAAUGGAAUUCUUUUCUUUGAUAAAAAACCUCUUGUUAUGAAAUCUUGGAGUGCACUGGAGGAUUUUAGGAAGGAGACCUUUCAGAAAGUACCUAUAUGGAUUCAGUUGUCGAAUUUAGAUCUUAAAUACUGGGGAGAGAAAUCUUUAUAUAAAAUUGUCUCACAGAUUGGAACACCUCUGCAGAUUGACCCGAUUACAAAGGCCAAAGAGAAGUUCAAUUUUGCAAGGAUUAUGAUAGAAGUUUCAAUUGAUCAAGAUUUUCCUCAAUUGAUUAGUUUUUUAAAUGAACAAGACAAACAUAUGGAUGUGAUAGUGCAGUAUGAAUGGAAGCCAAGUCUUUGCUCGGUUUGUAAAGGAUUGGGUCAUGAAGCUACUCAGUGUCGAAAACAGCCAAGUAAACAGGCCUGGGUCCCAAAAACUGUAGCAGUAGAUCCUACAAUGAAGGCAAAGACUAAGAUUGAUAAGGAUGGGUUUCAACUAUGGUGA